CAAGAGCCUGGCUGGGCCGUGCACUCGAGCAAGCAUGGCGUGGAUGGCGCCGAUGAAGCGAGCGGUCAUGCAGUUUGGCGAGAAGCUGCCGACGAUGCAACACCUCGAGCCCAUUCCCAACACGCGCUGCUGGAGCCUGCCCAACGGCCUUGCAUGCCACCAGCGCCACGACGGGUCGCCCACAACCACGAAGCAUGCGUGCACGUGCUGCGCGAACGACGUCGAUAUCUGGUGUCUCGACUGCAACCGCCACGUGUGCGGGCGUUGCAGCACGAACCAUCACGCCAACCACCGAUGCUUUGCACUGCAGGGUCCGCGUGGCACAGCCUUGUUGCAGACGGCGUGGUCACCAGAGUUUGUCGCCAAGGUGCAAGACGAGAUGCGAAAGACCAUUGAAGCCAUCAAGGCGCGCGCGCGAAUGAAGAACGGGGCAUUCGUCUCGCCGCCGGUGCAGACGGCCUCGGUCGUCGACUUGUCCUUCGAGUCGCCGCAAGCCACGCAUGUGCAGCCAACCGACAGCGUUCUCGAGAUCACGCAGGGAUUGCAGUCGCUGGACGCGUCCGAACAUGCUCAGAAAGACGUCCUUGGCGACGUGCUCGUGGAGAAGUACACUCGCUGGAACAAGGCGGUGGUCACGGCAAGCCAGCAGCUCCAUGUGCACGCCGCCCGCGUGGCCAGUGCGUCCGAGGACGACCUACAGCGUGUGCGAGACGAGCAUUCCGAGCUCGAGCGCGAAUAUACUGCAGCCCUUGAGGCCCGGACCAACGCAGUGGCCGAGGCGAUUGCGUACUUGCCUGUCGUCAAGCAACUCGUGCAGCCCGAGACGACUCUCGAUAUCUCUAGCAUCGUUCUCGAGCGUCAUGCGCAGUGCGCCAAGAUUGCCGAAGCCAUCGCGCCCCUGGACGCUGCGAUCACGGAGAAGGAAGAGGCCCUCGAGGCCGCGAUCGCCGCCGACGACUAUGACAGUCUCGAGUCCCAGGGCGAGGCGAUUGAAGCACUGCGCCGUCAAAAGCGCGUGCUUGAACUUGAGCUGUUUGGCCACUUUGGCGUCAUUGCCCACCACAGCCCUCACGUGCGACAACUUGUUGCAACGCUUCCGCCAUUGUGAGCCUAAUAAAUGUCCAGUUGUCUUCUGUUGCA